GUAUCAGCUGAAUUCACAGCAGCAUGAGGUCAUUCGCGCUGCGGGUGCUGUUAGCAAGUGUCCUGGUAGUAUAUACUACUUCCGCGGGUGGAAUCCUGAUUUCCAAGAAGGAAGGAUUAUUUCCAUUGACGGUGAUCCAUUUGAAUGAUUUCCACGCUAGAUUCGAGCAGCAGAAUACCCUAUCGACAAGAUGUAAACCGGACAACGGAGAACACUGUGUUGGCGGAUACGCUAGGGUGGUUUCGGCGGUGAAGAGCCUAAGCGAUCGGUACAAGGAACAGAAUCCAAUCUAUCUGAAUGCGGGCGACAACUUUCAGGGGUCAUCCUGGUACACGUUGUUGAGAUGGAACGUGACCAGUUACUUCCUGAAUUUGCUGCCGGCGGAUGCGAUGACAUUGGGUAAUCACGAAUUUGAUCACGGAAUCGAAGGAGUCGUACCGUUUCUGGACACGAUAAAGUCACCGAUGGUUGUGGCGAAUAUGGAUGACAGUGAGGAACCGAGCAUGAAAGGAAAGUACCAGAAAUCAGUGGUUAUCGAGAAAGGGGGCAGAAAGAUUGGUGUUAUCGGUGUAAUUCAUCAUUUGACGCAUACGCUGAGUAUGACAGAGCGGUUGAAGUUUUUGGAUGAGAUAGACGCGAUAAAUGUGGAAGCGGCUAAGUUAAAAACUCAAGGAAUUAGUAUUAUCGUGGUUUUAUCUCACUGUGGGAUCGAUAUUGAUCGUAAAAUCGCUGCUCAAUGUGAAGACGUAGAUAUAGUGGUGGGUGGUCAUUCGCACACGUUUCUGUACAAUGGAUCUGCUGCUGGCUUUCCGGAUGAUCCCGAAGAUACAUAUCCCGUUGUAGUUGAACACUUGAAUGGCCAGAGAACGCUCGUGGUUCAAGCUUCUUGUUUCACCAAGUUCAUUGGUCGUAUCACGCUGUACUUUGAUGACAAUGGCGACAUAGUGGACUGGGAGGGCAACCCUGUGUAUUUGGACGAAUCGAUUCCGCAAGAUCCGCUAAUCGAGCAAGAGCUAAUUCCUUGGAGAGAACAAGUUGACAGUCUAGCCUAUAGACCAGUGGGAAGCUCGCGUGUUAUCCUAUCUAAAACAGAAUGCAGAAUAGGAGAAUGCAACAUUGGUGAUUUUGUUGCGGAUGCUUUCGUCGAUUAUUAUGUUCAUCGUCGAGAGAAUCCGGAUGAGUGGACCUAUGCAUCGAUUGGUAUUACCAACGACGGAGGCAUACGAACAUCACUGCAAAGUGGACCGCUAACCUACGAUGAUAUUGUGACGGCUGUCCCUUACGAAAAUACCAUCGACACGUUCGAUUUGGAAGGGCGGUAUUUGUGGGAGGCGUUGGAGUACAGUGCUAGCCGACACAGUUCAGCUGAUGUUCUGCAGGUUUCCGGAUUGCGCGUUGUGUACAACAUUUCAAAACCCGUUGGACGACGAGUCGUUUCAGUGGAUGUGCGUUGUCGCGUGUGUCGAGUUCCAAGGUAUGAACCACUUGAUAUGAACAAACCUUACCGCUUGGCCGUUGCCGAAUGGAUCGGCAAUGGAGGAAAUGGUUACUCCAUGUUUAGUGAUCAUCGGACCAAUCUUCGGAUUGGACCGCUUGACAUAGUAGUGCUUGAGGAGUACGUGACCAAGAUGUCGCCGAUUAUGCAGGGCACCGACGGCAGAAUUCGAGUAGUGACAUAAAUUAUCAGAAUAUCUCUAAUCUUCAUAGAAUAAAUUAUUAAUGUUGAUUAACGUAA